CUGAAGUAGGCGGGAGGCUGCUGCGUCCGCGCCAAGGCGGCUCGGGAGGGUUACGGGGAGCGAUCGCUGGGACGCUGGUGUGGUGGGUUUUGCGGUCAAGCGUCUUUGUGCUUCGUACGGCUGUUAUGAUGUAUUCCGGUUACUGCACUGGUUGAGUGAUACUUGGUUUCACUUUACUCUGAUAAAGAUCUUGUGAUGUCUUCAGGGAAGGCCUAGGAGUUAGUUACCUAUACAGAUUAUGUGGAUAAGCCUUUGGAAAAACCUUUAAAGCUGGUGCUUAAAGUUGGAGGAAGUGAAGUGACUGAACUUUCUGGGUCAGGGCAUGAUUCUAGUUACUAUGAUGACAGAUCAGAUCAUGAGCGAGAACGACAUAAGGAAAAGAAGAAAAAAAAGAAAAAAAAGUCUGAGAAGGAAAAAGACAAGCAUUUAGAUGAUGAGGAAAGAAGAAAGAGAAAGGAAGAGAAAAAGAGGAAAAGGGAAAAGGAACAGUGUGACACUGAAGGAGAAACUGAUGACUUUGAUCCUGGGAAAAAAGUGGAGGUUGAACCUCCUCCAGAUCGUCCUGUCAGAGCAUGCAGAACUCAGCCAGCUGAAAAUGAAAGCACGCCGAUCCAGCAAUUACUGGAACACUUCCUUCGCCAGCUUCAAAGUCACGGAUGCCAUUGCUCCUGGAUACUCCAUGAUAAUAAAGCACCCCAUGGAUUUUGGUACAAUGAAGGAAAAAAUUGCAGCAAAUGAAUACAAAUCAGUCACUGAAUUCAAGGCAGAUUUUAAACUGAUGUGUGAUAAUGCAAUGACUUACAACAGACCAGAUACAGUUUACUACAAGCUAGCCAAGAAGAUACUACACACAGGCUUUAAGAUGAUGAGCAAAGAACGGCUGUUAGCUUUGAAGCGCAGCAUGUCGUUUAUGCAGGACAUGGAUUUUUCUCAGCAGGCAGCUCUUUUGGGUGAUGAAGACACAGCAGUUGAGGAACCUGUUCCUGAAGUUGUUCCUGUACAAGCAGAGACUACCAAGAAAUCCAAAAAGCAAAAUAAAGAAGUUAUUAGCAAAACUUUCUUGUGUAUCGGAUCUGAAUCUCUAUACAGAGAGAAAUUCUUAGCUAAGCAAAUGGAAGAAGAUACCCCAGGAGAGAGAAAUGGAUUUGGUGUGAGGAGAUGCUCUACCCAGUACCUAAGUUGCAUAUUUGAACCUGAGGGAAAUGCAUGCAGCCUGACAGAUAGCACUGCUGAAGAACAUGUCCUGGCACUAGUGGAACACGCAGCAGAUGAAGCUCGGGAUAGGAUCAAUCGAUAUCUACCCAACAGCAAGAUUGGUUAUCUGAAAAAAAAUGGAGAUGGAACUUUAUUAUUUAGUGUAGUAAAUUCAUCUGAUCCAGAAGCAGAAGAGGAGGAGACUCACCCAGUGGAUCUGAGUUCACUGUCAAGCAAAUUGUUACCUGGCUUCACUACACUGGGCUUUAAAGAUGAACGAAGAAAUAAAGUAACCUUUCUUACAAGUGCUAGUACAGUACCUUCCAUGCAAAACAACUCUAUAUUUCAUGAUUUGAAAUCAGAUGAAAUGGAACUCCUGUACUCAGCAUACGGUGAUGAAACUGGGAUACAGUGUGCCUUAAGCUUACAAGAAUUUGUGAAGGAUGCUGGAAAUUAUAGCAAGAAAAUAGUAGAUGAUCUUCUGGACCAGAUCACUAGUGGAGAUCAUUCCAAAACUAUUUAUCAGCUAAAGCAGAGGCGAAACAUCCCAGUAAAACCACUGGAUGAAGUUAAAGUUCUGCCGGUUCUCAUUAAAGAAGAACACAAGUUGCGUAAUACCUGUCCGGAUUCUUCCAAACAGAUUAUGGUUGGAGAAUCUGCUGGAGACAGCAACACUUCUGACUUGGACUUUCUCUCUAUGAAACCAUAUUCAGAUGUAUCUCUUGAUAUUUCUAUGUUAAGUUCAUUAGGGAAAGUGAAGAAGGAACUUGACCAUGACGAUAACCAUUUGCAUCUGGAUGAAACAACUAAGCUGCUGCAGGACCUUCAUGAAGCUCAGGCUGACAGAGUGGGAUCCCGGCCAUCAUCCAAUUUGAGUUCUCUCUCCAAUACCUCUGAAAGAGACCAGCAUCAUCUUGGAAGCCCCUCUCAUCUGAGUGUUGGAGAACAGCAAGACUUGGUUCAUGAUCCCUAUGAAUUUCUUCAGUCUCCAGAAACCUCAAAUGCCACUACUAACUAAUCUGAUGUGUACUAUAUAUAUUUUGUAUUUUAAUUGUAUUAUGUUUUUAUAAAGUUUUUGUCCAUGGCAGAAACCUCAAUUUUGUCCUGUCUUCUAUGAGGAUUCCUGUAUAAUAUUAUAAUAUAUGCUGGAUUAAACCAAACAAAACCCCCUACUUAGUGCAUCAUGUUGUUAGUAAUGUACCAAAACCUGCUUUUGAUUUGUUUGUUGAGAGAGGUUGUUGUCUGCUGGUGUGUGAAUCUUGACUGAAAAACAACAAAUAAUGUCUUAGAAAAAUUUGUAUUUUGUAGAAACUAAAAAGUUAUAAUUUUUCCAGUAUCAUGGCAGCAGUCAUUAAAUGUUUUUAGUAGAAUUAUCUACCACUUCUGUUCAGGUCUUAACUUGAACAUCUUCAAGGAGAAAUAUUUUAUUUCAGCAGUGACAGAACUGCAUGAAUUGUGAUCAUUAUUGUGUUUCCCAUCUCCUAACCCUAAUAAACUGUAGUUGUUUCUGUUUCCCCAUAUUUUUAAUUUUUUUUUAAUUGCUCUAGCGAAUACUUGAUUUGAGAGCAACAGUACUUGGUAGUUACAUUAAAAUGCUCACUACGAGAAUUCUACCCUGGAUCUAAAAAAGAUGGAUGCUUUUGUGAUCCCUCGUGUCUUUAAACACAAAGAAGAUAGAAGUAUUAUAUUUUUAUUUGAUAUGUAUAUUUACUUGGAUGGAAAAAAUACUGGAUAUGGUGUGCUUUUCAGUAAUUUAAAAAUAAAACUUUUAUAAUUCGGUACUGAUGUAACUAGGGGAUUUUGUACCAUUGAUAUGUGCAAGCUGGACAAAUGUUAUAAAUUUACAAUAUUUUGUAAAUAUUAAUAAAAAUACAAAACCA